UCUCACUUUCCGAGUAAGGCCGAGUCGCUUCACAAUCGACAGGAUCGGAAUAUCCGUCCCCGUACCGGUGGAAGGGCAAAGAUGGGGUUGUCAGCGAGUCAGAUACCUGAACCUCCCAAGAAGGACCUGCCCUUGUGGGAUGUGAAGCUGGGAGAACUGCCCAAGUGGGUCGCACGAAGAGACAUCUCACCCACGGGGGUGUACUUCGCUUUUAAAAGAGCUGAGCUGAAGUUCAACAACAAGUAUGUCCACGUGAAGCGAGGCGGCAUCGCACCAUACGCCAUGAUGCUGACUGGAUACUGCAUCAUGAGUUACAUCUGGUCCUACGAUCACAUCAAGCAUGAUAUGAUGAGAAAGCAUCACUAACUACAGAAGACCAUAGCAGUUGAAGUGAGAGAAACCUACACAUCCAACAUUGCCAGUCCGAGUCAUCUUCUGAUGUAGUCCCUUAUAUCUGAGAUUUCAGUUGUAACAUGUUCUUGUGUGAAAAGGGAUCAUUAAACUAAAUAUACAAUCCUUGUGA